UGCAUCCACCCUCUGUGGCAGAUUUUACAAAUUUCCCAAAUUACAAAUAAAGCUGCAGCCCUAGUAGUCAAUUUCUACUUCUCGCACGCUCGAAGACGAAGGAGCAAAGCAAUGUCGCGUCGGGAUCGGGAAUCUGACUCGAAACGGCAUCGUUCUAGUCCCAAACGGUCUAGGAGGGAUGGAAAACCAGUACCAGAGAGACUGCCUAGCAGCGAUAGUUUGGACAUCAAAAAUAUAACAGAGCAGGGCCAAAAGCACCAUCGCUCCCUGCAAGAACGAUCGCCACUUAAAGCUUUUGUACCAACUGAUUCUAAACCUGAAAAAGGGGCUUUAAGCAAUGACAUCGACAGACAACCCAAUGGGCAGCACGAAGGAACAAAACUUUCAGCCGGUCCGACUGAUGGACCUCGACCCCGGUCUUAUUUUCAGCAUGAUGAGCGUGGUAAUGCCGCGCGAGUUGGUCGAAGCUCGGGUAGAAACACAACUAGUGUUUCAGAACGUGGAUGGUGGAGAGAUUCAAGAGAUCAGCAUAAUGAGAGGACAGAGAACAGGAAGUCAACUAAUGAGACAUGGAAAAGAGAUGAUAGAGCCAAAGGAGAUGAAAAAGCCAACUGGCGCCACGACAGGUUCUCUGAAGUGGAGGCUGAUGCUCCACCUGCAAGGAAAAGACCUUCAUUUAGAGAGAAGAAGAUCCAGGCAGAUUCUGAACAAGCUGAUAGAGCAGCACCAGAGACAGUAAAGUCGAGCCAUCUCGAGCAGCCUGCCAAAGAAAACAGAAAGGAGGAACAAGGCCACAACACCCGCUAUUUUGAUAGAACUGAGAGACCACUUGCAGGAGAUGGGGCAGCAAAUAGAAGAGAACCACAGAGGGGUGGUUUUCUUUCGAGGGAAAGGUAUCGCGGAGGUGGUGGUGAUGAUGACCAUAGAAGAAGAGAUGGAUUCAGUGGGGGGAGACCUGUGUUCCGUGGUGGUAGUCAUGGUCAUGAUAAGUGGAAGCAUGAUUUGUAUCAGGAGGCUAAUAGGAGUCCAACACCUAAAAAUGAAGAGGAUCAAAUUGCAAAGGUGGAAGCACUCUUGGCUUCAUAGGAUGAUGUUGUACAAUUUGUAUCAGCUGGCGCUUAAGUUUUGGAGUCGUGUAUUACACAACGCUCGUAUUCACUUUUUUUUGGGGUGUCUAAACAAGUAUAUUUUUUAAUUAUAAAAAUAGCUAAUUUCGGGUACAAAA